AUGAGGGUGAUCGAAGUCAUCAUCGACGGCUUCAAGUCGUAUGCCGUGCGCACCGUCAUUUCCGGUUGGGACGAGAGCUUCAACUCCAUCACUGGUCUGAACGGUAGUGGCAAGUCCAACAUCCUCGACUCGAUCUGUUUCGUUCUCGGUAUCACCAACAUGACGACCGUCCGCGCCCAGAACUUGCAGGAUCUCAUCUACAAGCGCGGUCAGGCCGGUGUCACAAAGGCCUCGGUCACCAUCGUUUUCGACAACAAGGACAAAGCAAAGUCGCCCAUCGGUUUCGAAGACUAUCCCACCAUCUCCGUCACUCGCCAAAUCGUCCUCGGUGGCACAUCCAAAUACCUCAUCAAUGGCCACCGCGCACAGCAGACCACCGUCCAGAACCUCUUCCAAUCCGUCCAGCUCAACAUCAACAACCCCAACUUCUUGAUUAUGCAAGGUCGCAUCACAAAGGUUCUGAAUAUGAAGAAGGAGGAGAUUCUCGGUAUGGUCGAGGAGGCUGCAGGCACACGCAUGUUUGAGGAUCGCAGAGACAAGGCUUUCCGCACCAUGGCAAAGAAGGAAAUGAAGGUCCAGGAAAUCAUGGAACUCCUGCGAGACGAGAUCGAACCCAAGCUGGACAAGUUGCGACAAGAAAAAAGAGCAUUCCUCGACUUCCAACAGACACAGAACGACCUGGAGCGCCUGACGCGACUGGUCGUGGCUUACGAUUAUCUCAAGAGUAAGGAGAAGCUUCGCAUGAGCGAAAAAGAUUUGAACGAUAAGAGAGAGAGGGCCAUGUUCCUCGAAAGCAACGCCGAGAAGCUGAAGAACGAGAUUGCUUUCCUGCAAGAGGAUAUGGACAAGGUCAAGGCUGCAAGAGAUAAGGAGUUGCGAAAGGGCGGUAAAUUUCAGGCCUUGGAGGACAAGGUCAAGGUACACUCGCACGAGCUGGUCAGAUUGACUACCGUUUUGGAUCUCAAGAAGUCAAGCAUGGCUGAAGAGAAGGAAAACCGCGAGAAGAGUCAGGCAACCGUCCAAGAACUCGGCAAGCAACUAGAACAAAAGUCCCAACUACACAAGCAACUCCAAGAACGCUACGACGCAGCCAACGCUGAGCUCCAGAAGCAAACGGCCGAGGUCGAACAGAAGGAAGAACUUCUCCAGACACUCCAGACUGGUGUUGCAUCCAAGGAAGGUCAGGAAGGCGGAUACCAAGGCCAACUCCAGGACGCUCGCAAUCGACUCAGCGCUGCGUCGACCGAACAAGAACAAGCUAAGCUCAAGAUUUCGCAUCUAGAGAAACGAUUGAAGGAAGAUGAACCUCGCGCCAAAAAGGCAGAGAAGGAGAACGCAGGUUUGUUGAAGUCGCUCGACGGCCUUCGUUCUGAGGCAAAGGCGCUUGAGGCAGAACUCUCGAGAAUUGGUUACGAGUCCGGUCGGGAAGAAGCCAUGCAGAAAGAACAGUCGCAGUUGCAACAACGCAUCCGCGAGUUGAAAGAGCAGGCCGACGGUCUUAAGAGAAGAGUCGCGAACAUUGAUUUCAGCUACAGCGAUCCGACACCCAACUUUGAUCGCUCAAAGGUCAAGGGUCUAGUAGCACAGCUGUUCGCUCUGGACAAGAACUUUACCCAAGCAGGAACCGCUCUCGAAAUCUGUGCUGGAGGCCGUUUGUACAAUGUUGUAGUCGAUACAGCACAGACUGGUACACAACUGCUUCAAAACGGCAAGCUCAAGAAGAGAGUAACCAUCAUCCCCUUGAACAAGAUCUCGGCCUUCCGUGCUGCUUCCGAGAAAAUUGGUGCCGCCAGGAACAUGUCGAACAACAAGUGCGAUCUUGCGCUCAACCUUAUCGGAUACGAAGAAGAUGUCAACGCUGCAAUGGAGUAUGUGUUCGGAAACACAUUGAUUUGUGAGGACGCUGCAACCGCUAAGAAGGUCACUUUUGAUCCUGCUGUCCGCAUGAAGAGUGUCACACUAGAGGGCGAUGUCUAUGACCCCUCGGGUACUUUGUCAGGUGGCAGUUCGCCAAAGACAAGUGGUGUGCUUGUGACUUUGCAACAGUUGAACGAGAUCAUUCGAGAACUCGAUUCAAGGCAGGCCGCUCUGCAUCAGCUACAAUCGACCAUGGCACAGGAGAAGCAGAAGCUCGAUGCCGCAAGGAAAUUCAAGCAGAACUUGGAUCUCAAGAAUCAUGAAGUCUCGCUUGCAGAGCAGCAGAUUAACGGCAACUCGUCGUCUUCGAUCAUCCAAGCGAUCGCCGAUACAAAAGCUGGUAUUAUUCAGCUGAAGCAGAGCAUCGUCGAAGCCAAAGCACGUCAAGAUGAGGCAACGAAAGAGGUCAAACGUAUCGAGAAGGACAUGAACGACUUCAACAACAACAAAGACAGCAAGCUCGUCGAGUUGCAAACAGCACUCGAUAAACUCAAGAAGUCACUCAGCAAGAACUCUGCCUCUAUCAAACCACUACAGCAAGAGGUGAGAGAUGCAAUGCUAGAAGCAGAGCAAUGCGGCAGUGAUGUUGCAGCUGCCCAAGAGCAGUUCCAAGACGCAGAAGUCAAUCUCAAGACACAACAGGAAGAGCUGAAAGCAUUGAUGAAGGAGGGUCAAGCUGUGAAGGACGCACACUACUAUGCUCAAGCACAAUUAGACGACGAGCGGAAAAAGCUUUCUGGCUACGACACUGAGCUCGCUGACCUCGAAACAGCCUCGCGAUCGAAAUCCGCACAGAUCACCGAGGAAGCUCUAGAAGCACAAAAACUUGGUCAUCAGAUUGACAACUUCUCGAAACAACAACAAGCGGCGCGCCAAACGCUACAGACCAUGGAGAAGGAAUACGAAUGGAUAGCUGACGAAGUCGAUUCCUUCGGCCGAUCAAACACUCCCUACGACUUCAACGGUAUGAACAUGACCGAGAGCAAACGCUCACUCGCCGGUCUGAGCGAACGCUUCCAAGGCAUGAAGAAGAAGAUCAACCCCAAAGUCAUGAACAUGAUCGACAGCGUGGAGAAGAAGGAAGCCUCUCUGAAAAACAUGAUGCGCACCGUCAUCCGCGACAAGAAGAAGAUUGAAGAAACCAUUGCUCAACUGGAUGAAUACAAGAAAGAAGCCCUGCACAAGACAUGGAGCAAAGUCAACGUGGACUUUGGCAACAUCUUCAACGAACUCCUCCCCGGCGGCAACACGGCCAAACUCGACCCACCAGAGGACUCUGGCGACAUUUCCAAAGGCCUCGAAGUCAAAGUGUGCCUGGGCAAAGUGUGGAAGCAAUCACUCACUGAACUCAGCGGUGGUCAGCGCUCCCUCAUCGCGUUGUCACUUAUCCUUGCUUUGCUGCAGUAUUCGCCUGCGCCCAUGUAUAUUCUUGACGAGGUUGAUGCAGCGUUGGAUCUCAGUCACACGCAGAAUAUUGGACGCUUGAUCAAGACGAGAUUCAAGGGCAGUCAAUUCAUUGUGGUGUCUCUCAAGGAUGGCAUGUUCCAAAAUGCGAACAAGAUCUUCAAGACGAGGUUCUCGGAUGGCACAUCGGUUGUGCAGGUAUUGACGCCUGCGGAUCUAAAGUAA